AGAUAUACUAGUCUUAACACCCAUUACUUUCACUACUAGUUUGUGUUCUUGGCACUGAAAAGUCUCACCACCUAUCUGCAUGGCUUCUUCUUCUCAGUGGCGUGGCAAGGCUAUAAUCCCUGUCCAUUUCUCAGCUAUUAUCUUCAAGAAAACUGAUCUUCAGAGUCUGAAAAUAUCAAGUAAAUUUACAAGGACAUAUGGAGGUGGUUUGUUUAAUCCAAUGUUUUUGAAGCCUCCAGAUGGCACCAAAUGGGAAGUGAAUUGGACUAGAAAAAAUGAUGAUGAGGUUUGGUUCGAAAAGGGUUGGAACAAAUUCACUCAAAACUACUCCUUAGAUGAUGGCCACUUGAUUCUUUUCACCUAUCAUGGAAAUUCACAACUUGAUGUUCACAUCUUUGACAAAUCUGCCUCUGAAAUACUCUAUCCGGGGUUAAACACUACUCCUACUACUGCUUGUGAUGAUGAAAAGAACAUCAAACUUGAUCUCAUGCACAAUGAUGAUGAUGAUGAUGACUCAAUUGAGAUUUUGAAGCCUUGUAAACACAAACGCAGCAUGCUAGUGUUGGUUCCUCAACCUUGUAAUAAAAGAAUGAAAGAUAAGAAGAAGGUUGCUGAAAGAAGAUCAAGUUGUUCAUCAUUGAAUUGGCCAAAGCAAGAAAGAGCACAGGAAGUAGCUAUGAACUUCGUGUCUGAUAAUCCUUUCUUCACAAUGUUCAUAACCCAUAUCCAUCUUUCACACUACAAAGCGGCUGUGCCAAACAUGAAAGAGUAUACUGAUGAGGAUGAGAAGGAUGUGGAGCUGAAAAUUGGGGAGAAAUCGUGGAAAGUCAAACUGAGGCGUGGUAGCAACUCUUCAAAUUGUCGGUACUUGGGUGGUGGAUGGUCCUUGUUUGCAGAUCAGAGUGAAUUGCUUCCUGGAGAUGUUUGUGUCUUUGAGCUCAUCAACAUUCAUCCUUUGCAGUUUAGGGUUCAUAUUUUCAAAAAGCAGCAGAGUUAGUUUGAUCUCAACUUCGAAGAUAACAUCACUUUCCAUGCAUUUUGAUGGCCUUACCUUUUGGUUUUGAUACAUUUCGGAAAAAAUAUGAAAACGUUAGCUUGUAUAAGGAACGCUUCAUAAGAUAUGGAAUAUUAUUAUAAGCAUUAGGCAAUGUUAUCAUUUUGGAUUAAUA